ACAUGGCGGACGGCGUAUGGAGCUGUUUUCCGGUCCCGGAGCGGCCCCAAACCCCUGAAAUGGUUGACUGCAAAUGAUGCGCUUUCUCAGAUCUUUUCCAGGAUAUUUUAAGUCAGGCUUUAAUCGUGGUAAAAAGAGGUGUUUGGCUGCCACCAAACAUCUUCUGAAGAAAACCAGUAAGACAGUUGCUCUCAAUUUUUAUCUGCUGCCAAAAAAUACGUCCCACACACCGUUGCCAGUAGAGGAGCUUGAACUCCUUCAGGCGGGCAUGGGGAGACAAAUCGUGAGCCUUCCUGAAGAUGGUGACCACACAGAGAUCUCAAGGCUCCUGGCUGACACAUUUAAAAAAAAUGGAGGGUCUGUAUGGAGGAUGGCUUCUGCAUAAGGCUACAGGUGGGAGUGGUCGACGAAAACUCACUGUCAUUCCACCAGAGGCAGAGGGAUAUACUACCAAAGCUCUGCAAGCUGUGUCAGCGGGCGGCAAAGCCAUUUUUUACAUAGUACCGCUUCAAGAGACAUUGGACACUUCUCCUCUUCCUCCUGACUCACAGCACUUCUCAAAAAUGCCAAAGAAGACAUGUUACCAGUGUAAUGAACUGAUGCCUUUGCACAUGCUUGCGGUGCACAUUAAGACAUGCAAGGGGAAACUGUUUGAUGAUGAUGAUGGUGAUGAUGAGUCAUCUGAUGGCGUAUGUAUUGUGGAGAACAAGUGUAAGGUGGUUUGUCCAAUUUGCACCAAAGAAUUCCCAGAUGAUGAGAUCACGGUCCAUGCUAGUCUAUGUGGAGAGAGCUUUGACUGUACAGUGACUUCUGCACCAAAUGACAAUAGUCCAAGUACAGCUGCUCAAACUCCAGUAUCCAAACCAAAAAGUGUGGAGGAUGUACUGCUCUUCCUUACACACCAAAUUGACACCACAACAGAAUUUAAACUGUGUGUGGACAGAGAAGACCUUCUUGAUAGGGGCAUUCUCCAAUGGAAAAGGAAGAAAACUGCAUCUCCUGCAAGUGCUCUGAAGGUGGUCUAUAUAGGAGAGGCAGGCAUUGAUACAGGAGCACUUAGAAAAGAGUUUCUGACUGAAAUGAUUUCAGGUAUAGAAAACCGAUUCUUCGAAGGAGCUGGGAACCAGGGUAAAAAUCCCAAGUACUCUUUGUCAGACCUUGAUAAUGAGAAUUUCAGAACUAUUGGCGAAAUAAUGGCAGUCAGCCUUGCACAAGGUGGCCCACCUCCUGCUUUUUUGAAAGAGUGGUGCUACAACUUCCUCUGCACAGGAGAGAUUGACUUUCACUCUCUGUCUAAGGAGGAUGUGGCUGAUCUAGAAUCCUGUCUACUCAUCAGCAGAGUCGAAAAUUCCACAGAUGUCCAGUCUCUGAUGAUGUAUGCUGAUGAAAUUGUCAGCUGUGGAUACACAAGCCAGAUCAAACUGGACAGCAAGGAAAGCAUAAUUCGAGCAAUUAUCCUACAUUCUACAACAAGAUUGAUUCCAAUGCUACAGCAACUGAGAAAGGGCAUGGGACUGUAUGGCCUGGUGGACCAGAUGGCCUCAAACCCUGCAGCUUGCCACUCCUUGUUUGUUCCUGGGAAGAUUACCAAACCUGAUGCUGAUUUCAUAAUGAACUGCCAGCCACAUUACAGUGAAAGGGGGUCAUCUAAGGAAAGAGCUGAGAGGAAGAUUAUCAACUUCCUCCAAGAUUUCUUAGAAGAGCUUGAAAUGCCAGAUGGGGAGACAGACAGUGCAGCUGAUGACACAGAACCUCUUGCAGUGCCACAUGUGCUCCAGUGGAUGACAGGGCAAUCCCACAUCCCCAUCCUGCCUGAUGAAAAGAGACAUUUCAAAAUAACAUGCAACUUUGACCAUGAAUGCAGGGAAAGGCUUGGAGACCACUUGGUUUGCUACCCAACAGUGAGCGCAUGCACGCAGACUGUGACUUUUCCAAUACAGCAUCUUAGCACUUACACUGAGUUUAGAAGAAUCAUGAGUGAAGCAGUGCAAUAUGGUGGUGGAUUCCACAGAGUUUAACAGUUCUAGCUUUACUCAAACAAAAAGUUAUUAAUAUGCCAAUGGCUGUUUGUUUUUGUUAUUCAUUUAUUUGUUCAUUUUUUCCCAAUACUUCAUACAGGAUUUUUAAUGUGCACUUGUUGGAAAACCUCUUGAAUGUCUGUAAAACAAAGUUCCAGUUAUGUUUUUACUGAUGUUGUAAUGUCAGACACCUUGUGCAAGAACUGCAUGUAUAAGUCACAACCAUGUGACUGAGAAUGUCCCAGAGGAUCAACAGUUCUCUGAAGUUCCUCCAGGGCUUCAUCAUCCAGUGGGCAUUCCAUUUCAGGAACCACAACUGCUCCAUUAGAGCCCUCUUGCAGUAUGACACUCUCCCAGUCGAUGUCUGGGUCUUGAAGUUCCUACAGAUCCAGAAAACACAAAACAAAAGCAAUGAGUCAAGACUGAAAAUA